GUUGUUGUGGGUCGGUAGUCAGAAGACAAUGGAGAACGAUGUGAGCGAAGCUAUUCGGUCUGUUGUGGCAACGUUGCCGAAUAUUGAGAAGUUAAAGCCGGAGCAAGAACAAGCUUUGUUGAGCUUUGUUGGUGGCCAUGAUGUGGUGGGGCUUCUCCCCACGGGGUUCGGGAAAAGUUAGAUUUUCCAGCUGGCUCCGUUAGUGGUGAAGGAGUUGGGUAAGGCGAAUGCUGGCGAUGCUAAGCCGAUAGUUAUUGUAGUCUCCCCUCUCGUUGCACUAAUGGAGGACCAAGUGAAGGAGGCAGAACAGUUGGGAGUUCGUGCUGGGCAGCUCGGCGUGCAUGAUGACCGUGACAUUUUGGAUGGAAGCUUGAGUCUGGUGUUCGGCAGCCCCGAGUCCUGGCUGCUGAACAACAAAUGGCGACGAAUCCUAGCCUCAACCAUACACCAGGACAACCUCAUUGGUAUCGUCGUAGAUGAGGUCCACGUUACGUACAAAUGGGGCGAGGCUUCCAAAGGCGAGUCGGCAUUCAGAGAGUUUUGCCAAGUUCGGAGAGCUAAGAUCUAUAGCCAAGGAGGGUACACCUGUUUUGGCACUGACUGCCUCCGCUGACAUCAAGUCAAGAAGCAGAGUCAUCAGACUACUCCAUAUGGACAAUGCUGUUCAAAUCAUCGCUAGUCCCAACAAGACAAACAUCCGUCUUGGCUUGUGCAAGGUGCCCACUCAUCACAUGAACUGCCUAGACUGGAUAGUGCAACAUGCCAAAGACGAGGGCUCAGCAAUGCUACCGAUAUUAAUUUACUGCCAAAGCCUUAAAUCAGUGGGGAGAGUUUUUGCAUAUUUAAAGGCGGAACUGCAAGGACAUGCCUGGGUGGGCUGUGAUCCGGACUGUAGAAGUGAGAACCUACUGAUUGGCAUGUUCCACAGCAAAACCCUCCCCCAAAACAAGCAGAGAGUGUUGGCUUCUCUGAGGGGGGAAGGGAAUUGCCGGAUAGUUGUUUCAACAACAGCUUUGGGGAUGGGGUUGAAUUUUGCUAAUGUUUCACACGUGGUAAUGUACGGGGCUCCAGGUGACCUAGAGGCCAUUUUACAACAGGCGGGCAGGGCUGGAAGGCAUGGUCAGCCAUCACAUGCCAUCCUCUACAACACCGGGCAGUACUUCAAGGUGGAUGAAGAGGUAAAGAAACUGCUUGCUGUUGGAAAAACCACAUGUUUCAGGAAAUCUCUCCAUGCACAUUUUGAAGCAGAACCCAGCCAUGUAGAGCCAGGCCAUCUCUGUUGUACAUACUGUCAGACUGUUUGCGCUUGUUCAUCUGGCACAUGUACAGAACCCAUGCCCAAUUAUGAACAGAUUGAAGCUGAACCAACUCAUCAGAGAUCUAGGCAUGUGGAUGCAAAUGACAAAUCUUUAAUUGCAGAUUUGCUGAAUGACUACAGAGAUAGUUUGAUCAAUUUAUCCAAUCCACUGUACACCUCACAUGCAGCCUGCACUGGAUUCAGUCAGCAACUGGUGGAUGCAGUAUUGACCCACUGUCAAUACAUAUUUGACCUGGCAUACAUUAGUGCUAACCUUCCUGUGUUUAGAUUGGACCAUGCAAAGGAGAUUUUAAUUAUCAUCAGUGAUGUUUUUGGGGAUAUUGAUGGGGAUCUGCAAUAUGAUUCAGAGAGGUAUUUAACUGACCCAGAUCUCUAUUUCAGUAACUACUUCGACAAUGUUGAUGAUGAUGUUGAAGAUACACUCACGAGCCAUGUCAGUAGCUCUGAGUCUGAACAGUGAAUUCUGUGAUGCUUGUGAUGUACAGAACACUUCAAACCCCUUUGUGUACUUGUGCAGGAACAUGAUUGGUGUCAGUUGUAUAUUGUUUUGUAUGUGUUUGGUUGGUAUUUGUGCAAUUCUACAAAACUAAAUAAAAGUGUACAAAACACAUACUUAUAAGACCCUAAUUAAGUUAUAAAAGAAACGAGACGUACUAUGAAAAAGUGUUUUUUUUACUAAUUCAACCAAAAAGUACUUGCAUAACAAUAUGAACUAUUUACACAUUCAUACAAAUAGGCCUUCUAUAAAAGCUUCAAAUGAAAUAGUCUGGCAGGACAAGGCUAGGACCAUUACAGACCAGGUAGGUAAUUGAUUAAAGAACAACAGUCCUCCAGUCUUUCAGCCUGCAACGCAUCCAUCGCCACACGUCAUAGUUUAGCUUGGACAGAAUGUUUGUGUUAAAUUUAGGGAAUGCAGAGAAGUGUCUUCCCGGUUGCUGGUUGAAAACC